AUGGAGGUGACGGGGCUGUCGGCGUCCACAGUGAACAUGUUCAUCAGCAGCUCUCUCAACAGCUUUCGCUCCCAGAAGUGGUACAGUCGCAGCCUCACUGUAGCUGAGUUCAAGUGUAAACUACAGCUUGUUGUGGGCAGCCCUGCUUCUUGCAUGGAGUUGGAGCUGUACGGACCUGACAACAAGGUCUACUGCAAGCUGGGUCAGGAUGAUGGGCUGCUGGGCUGCUACCCCGUAGACGACGGCUGUUGCAUCCAUGUCACUGACCACAGCGGUGCCCGCCUUGGGGAGUAUGAGGACAUGUCCAAGGUGGAGAAAUACAAGAUCUCACAAGAAGCCUAUGAACAGAGGCAGGACUCAAUCCGCUCCUGCCUGAAGCACAACAAGCUAGGUCGAUUCAAUGAAGAAGAGCGGGCCCAACAAGAGGCUGAAAACUCCCAGCACCUUAUCGAGGAGGAGGCCCAGGCCAGCACCAUCCCUGUGGGCAGCCGCUGUGAGGUGCAGGCACCUGGGCAGCCCCCUCGCAGGGGUGCCGUCAUGUAUGUAGGACUGACAGAUUUCAUACCUGGCUACUGGAUUGGCGUCCGCUAUGAUGAACCACUAGGGAAAAAUGAUGGCAGCAUGAAUGGGAAAUGCUACUUUGAAUGCCAGGCUUGA